AUGAACAAGUAUAUAUUCAUUGCUGCCAUCCUUGAUCCAAGUUGUCUUGUCUUACUUCUUUAUGCAAGGACCAAGGAAUCUCAUUUCUUUAAAGACAUGAUUGAAGACACCUUGAGGUCACGAUACAACCAGAAAAGAGUGAGAGUUUGCGGAGAGGGCAGCACUAGCACAAAUACCAGAACUGAAUUAGACAAGUACCUAGCUGAGGACACAGAAGAGUUGACUGCUGAAUUUGACCUUCUUGAAUGGUGGAAGUGCAAUGCUCCUCGCUUUCCCAUCCUUUCAAAAAUGGCUCGUGAUAUACUAGCAAUCCCCAUCUCUACGGUUGCUUCUGAACCAGCUUUCAGCACCAGUGGUCGUAUUCUCGAUGACUUCAGAAGCUCUUUAACACCAGCGACACUGCAGUCGUUGAUAUGCACACAAGAUUGGUUGCGUUCUAAGUGUAUCAAUGUUGAAGCUGAUCUUGCUGAGUUGACCAGGCUGGAGGAAGAAGUGGGUGCCAUUCAUUUAAAUGAUAAUGCAACAAUAUCGAUUGAUUGA